AUGAAACUGAUUUUAUUCGUGAGCUUUUUUGCGGCGUUAUGUCAUGUGCUGGCCGUGACCAAGUAUCCUGGGAACGGUCCCACACCUGGAGACUUUGAAUACCCACCAGAUGGUUACGAGAACACGGAGCCGGGCACAAUUUUGCGAUCGAGGAAAAUUGAUCCCGCUUUUUUUGGCAUUGCUGAUAUUAGUGGAAAGGCAUGGCAAGUUUUGUACCGCACGAGCGCUCAAAACGACUCGAUGCCAAUGGCCACACUGACGACGAUUUUGGUUCCGGACCACUUCCGCAACGAUCGCCUUUUGCUUCAUCAGGCCAUUGAGGACUCGGCGUCGUUCGUCUGCCGCCCUAGCUUGGGACUGAUGGAGCGCAAACUGCCUGCUUUUGAGAACAUUUUGCAGCGACUGGAAAUGCUGUUGAUCAGCACGUACAUGGCUCAGGGUUGGGUUGUGUCUGUGUCGGACUACGAGGGACCAAUGAGUGCAUUUGCUGUGGGUCCCCUUUCGGGAUACGCGACAUUGGAUGCGGCACGAGCAACAUUGAAUUUCGAGGAUACAGGCUUAGACCGCAGUAAGACUAAGAUUCAAGGUGUGGGCUACUCUGGCGGCGCAAUUGCAUCUAGUUGGGCAGCGCAACUGCAGAAGAGCUAUGCACCUGAGCUGAACAUUGUGGGAUGGGCAUUUGGUGGCACACCUGCAAACCUGACGUACCUUGUCGAAAAAGCGGAUGGAACUGCAGUGGCAGGCCUGAUUGCAUUGGGUGCGACUGGAGUGUUGAAUGGAUACCCGGAGCUGCACGGCGCAGCAGAAAAGUACUUGACGGAUACUGCUUGGAGGGCGGUAAAUCAAGUGCGAAACAGCUGCGAAGUUGGCUCGAUUGUGCCAUUUGCAUUCCAGACAAUUCAGUCGGAGAAAUAUAUUCACGGAGGGCUGCACCUGGCAGAUGUGCCGGGAGUAAACGAAGUUAUUGCGAAUUUGACUCUUGCGCGAGGAAAAGCAGCACCAAUUGCACCAGUGUACAUGUUCCAUGCACUGACGGACCCUGAGGUACCGUACCCUCCUGCGAUUGAUGCGGCAAGACGCUGGUGUGCGAACGGCGCACAGGUCGAGUUUACAACAGCAGUGCUUGGGCUGGAGCACAUUUCUACAUACAUUGGCAUGUUUUCUCGUAUGUUUGAUUGGCUGGAGAAGCGGUUUGAGGGAAAACCAUUAAAGAGCCGCAAGUGCCAAUUUAAGUAUAUCACGAAUGCUGCGCUGAACCCUGUGGACGACAUUAAGUUUGCAGGACAUGCGUUGGAGGUAGUGAAAACGCUGCUAGGAGAGAUGACGGGGAUGGAGAAGUAUACAAAAGAGCAGCUGCAGAAGAAAGAGAGAAAUUAG